AUGUCUCAAAUUCCUAAUCCAAUGCCCCCUGAGGACAGCCGUCACAUCUUAAUUGUUCCCUUGAGUCAACAGCAUGAGUCAAGGAUAGAACCUCCAUCGCGGGACUCCCGCUCACCCACCCCAGAGCUUCCAGCCAACUUCGUUCCCAAACCUCCAUUGGAUGCCUCUCAAUUCCCUGCUGCCGGCACCAUUCUUACUCUCAUGGAACGCAUGGCGGGUGGAAACAAUAUCCGUGAUCUUAUCAUGGUUCCAGCCGCGACCUGGGACCAUAAUAAUACUCACUGGGAGUUCAGGCUAGCGCAACUCAAGAAACAGCACAGAAAGGAUUGGGCCAAAAGGGAAGCUGAGCUUCGUAGGAAAUAUGACGAGGAGUUUUCUGAGGCUCGCUAUCGUCAAAUGAUUGUUGAAAGAGAAAUAAAAGAGCUAGAAUUCACCAAGACAGCCUCAAAUCAAACCAUCUUUGGUAAGACUUGGGACGAGCAUAAGGCGGAAAAGCAGAGAGUUGAAGAAGGGUCCAAGGCGGCUGUAGAAGCAGCCCAGAGGAGAAUCGAGGAGUAUGAAACACUUGUUGACGAUCUUAGGAAGCAGGUUGGCGAGAAAGAGGCUGUCAUCAGAGCCUUACAGAGCGCCAUCACAGGAAGGGCCGACAGUCAUCCUCCUCAGCAAGCAUUCGGUAAUCCAGCUGAAGUCAGCAUGCCCCCCCAGCAAUUCAUGUAUCCUCAAGCGCCAGUCCAGGGACCCUCAACUGCACUGGUUGUGCGCCCACUUAAUUCCACACCUCUCUCACAAUUUCACAUGCAACCCCCUCCCCGAAUCUAUGAUGUUUCUCAUGAGUCCCCAAGGGGUCCUUCUAUUCCGCCACAAAAUGCAACUCCAUCUAUUAGACACCCUCCCCCGACAGCGCCUCGGGAUCGAAUUGGCUCGCAAGGUCCAAGGGGUGAUGAUAGGCGGACCGCAUUCCGUAAUGAUACUCUUAGGGGUUACGAUAUCCCUCGCAACCCGGGUGGGGCGUUUACUCGGGCUCCCGAUAAGUAUCAUAGUAUGGGGGAUGGAGGCUGGGAUUCACGCGGCACAGUGGAUAUUCAACCAAAGAGGGAGUAUCAAUCAGAUCGUGAGAACAGCAACAAUUCUCGGGGAAGAGUACAGGAGCUAAACCCCCCUCAUGAUGGGAUAGCUGAGGUACGUGACAUGAUCCUUGAGUAUGGAGUGUAAACUAAUGCAAAUCGUUCAGAAACCCUCUCAAAGGGGCCUAAGGGCUGAGGCACCUAUCCGCACCCGAGCGCAGCCCGACCAUCGGCCAGCUGAUAUCACUAAGCAGGGACAACGCGCUGAUCUCUGGAGACCUCCAAGACGUCUUACAACGAACGAAAUUCAGACGGUUCAGAGGAUUGAGCCUAAGAUUGCCUAUCCUACUCCUUCUCAGCCUGCUUCUUGGGCGAAAAAGUUUGUUACACCCCCCGGUGGAAAUGUUCACACCAAAUCCGGCCCGAAACAAGGGAGCCAGCUUACUCAGAGCUCUUCGGGGUACGGAGGGAUUUCCGGCCCUGCUAGUAUGUCAAAGUCUAUUGUUGUAGGGGCAACAUACGUAAGGCCCCCUAUGCCUACGGAGGUCACGAGAUCUUUGGUCAAAGCCAAGCCCGUAACCCCCUUGGAGUCAUCACAAAGCGGCAAGGCUACGAAGGAGGCCUCUCAGCGCAAAGAUUCGAGGUUCUCUAGGAACAGAGAAUCAUCUGGCGUGAAGGGAAAGACUGUGGGAGAUCCGAAACCGAGGAGGCGUGCCAGCUCCUCAUCACCGGAUGGUGCGAAAGCCAGGAAGAGAAGGAAGAGAGAUGGUAGGGUGGGUUCAGAACUUCAUCGGGCAGCUUCUCGUGGCGAGAGAUUAGAUUCUACGGGCUAUGAUGAUGUCCAUGGUUCCUUGGUUGAUUACGGCAGUGUCAGCGAUUCGGAUACCAAUUCAAGCGAGGGUCACAGCAACCUUCGGCUUCGGGGCGCCAGGUCGCCGCUAUUUCUUCCAAAAGUAAAAUCUCCAAAGUCACACAAAAAGGUGUCCCCUCCAGCAGAACCUACUGCCAAAGGGCAGUCAAUUCAUAAUUCUGAAGCAGGACCAGAUGAUCUGUUCGGAGAAGGUGCCGAAGGAUACCUUGGUGAUUUUCCUCCCCAGGAAGGAACUGGAAUGGAUGCCGAAGAAGUCGAAAGGCUCAUUGAAGAGACCGACAUUACCCCAGUGGUUUCGGACUUUAAUAGUAGAGCACCGAGGAGGAUUGAACCGAAGGCUGAACCAGAAGCCCCUGUAGAAGACGUUCCGGUGGUAAAGCAACCUAGGAGUAUUCUGGAGGUCUACGAUGAUGCUAAGAAAAAGAGCAUUAUGGUCUAUAAUUCAAGGAAAUUCAAGAGAGUUUUGACCAUCAGUGUCAUUCCAGACAGAUAUUCCAAGGACCCACCGGGUCCCGAGUAUUUAUUGAAUAAAGUACGUGGUGGACCGCUGGAGUAUGUCAAGAGCUUUCCGGAGUCUCACUCGAUUACCUUCGCUUUUAUUCACCCUGCCGAUGCGCAAGUGUUUUGGGAGUUCUUUAAUAAAAAUCCUGAUGCUAAGGAGUGUGAUCGCCGUUUCAACGUCGAGGUGAGCUGGGCUGAGGACGCAAUCGAACCUCUUAGUAAGCUUCUUAUCGGUGACCUCAUCGCGAGCUCCGCUUCUCGAAUGAUCAAGGUUUACCAGUGCCCUAGCGAUAGGAGCAAUGUAGAGCUGAAGGCAGCUUUUUGCGCGAACGGGCCCAAAGAUGGGUAUAAUGAGGUGAUAUCCGUCAAAGGGAAGAAGGAGAAGACAAGAAGAAAGCAUAAUGGCGGUCUGGGAAUAGUUGCCUAUGUGGAAUGCGCUUCGAUCAUCUAUGCCACUACGCUUAUGGAGGCAAUCAGAAACAAUGAGUACGAGGGGUUCAAUGGAGCGGAGGUAGUGUAUGCGGACGAUCCAUGUGCAUUUAAGGAUGGGGCCCCGAAUAAAGUUGACAGCUUGAGAAGUUGGUAA